UCAAAGUGCACAACCAGAGGAGGCAGGGCUAAGAGCUGAGCUACUCUUUUAUGGCAAGUCAAACAGCUUGCUUCUUCAGGUCAGUCCUAUCCAUUCCACCAUGUUUGUUUCAAUCAUCCUACUAUGGCUCUGCAUUUGGUUCAUCAUCCUUCAACUCAAAUCCUGGAGGCCCAAGAACUUUCCACCAGGGCCCCCUCCCCUGCCCAUACUGGGAAACAUUUUGCACCUGAGUCUAGAGAACCCCCUGAAGGACUUUGAGAGGCUGAGGAAGACUUAUGGAAAUGUCUACAGUCUGUUCCUUGGUCAAAGACCAGCUGUGGUCCUCUGUGGGACAAAGGCCAUGAAGGAGGCAUUAGUGAACAAGGCUACUGAUUUUGCUGGACGACCCCAAGACAUGUUUGUCAAUGAAACCACCCAGAGGAAAGGAGUGAUUCUGGCAGACUACGGCCCUAGUUGGAGGGAGCACCGUCGCUUUGCUUUGAUGACCUUGAGGAAUUUUGGUCUGGGGAAAAAUUCCAUGGAGGACAGGAUUUAUGGAGAGCUACAAUACAUCAUUAAUACACUGGAGAAGAGCAUUGGUAAAACCAUGAGUCCUCAAAAUAUGUUUCAUAAUGCGGCCUCCAACAUCAUAUGCCAGGUUCUGUUUGGUAGACGCUAUGAGUAUGACGAUAAGUUCAUCAAAGUGAUUGUUCAGUGCUUCACAGAGAAUGCCAAGCUAGCCAAUGGGCCAUGGGCUAUGCUGUAUGACUCUUUUCCCUUGAUUCGUAACUUGCCGCUGCCCUUCACCAAGGCCUUUAAGAAUGCUGAGACUUGUCAGAAUCUUGCCAUUCAUUUGGUGAAUGAGCACAAGAAGACCAAAGUUCCUGGAGAGCCACGAGACUUUGUUGACUGCUAUCUGGAUGAACUGGAUAAGAGAGUCGAUGAUGGCUCUUCAUUUUCAGAGAAACAACUCAUUAUGUACGCUCUAGAUCUUCAUUUUGCUGGCACUGACACUACCUCCAACACCCUGCUUACUGGUUUCCUCUACCUGACAGCCUAUCCACACAUACAAGAGCGUUGUCAGCAGGAGAUAGACAAGGUCCUGGAAGGGAAGCAUCGGGCUAGUUUUGAUGACAGACAUAACAUGCCUUACAUGCAGGCUGUGAUCCAUGAAGUACAGAGGGUAGCCAACACAGUUCCUCUCAGUGUCUUCCACUUAACAACUAAAGACACAGAACUCAUGGGAUAUUCCAUUCCCAAGGGUAUGUUGAUCAUCCCCAACCUGACAUCAGUGCUGAAUGAGGAGGGACAGUGGAAAUUCCCUCAUGAAUUCAACCCUGAAAACUUCCUCAAUGACCAGGGAGAGUUUGUGAAACCAGAGGCCUUCAUGCCUUUCUCUGCAGGUACUCGUGUAUGUCUUGGUGAAGGUUUGGCUCGUAUGGAGCUCUUCCUCAUCAUGGUGACUCUGCUGAGGAAGUUUAAGUUUAUCUGGCCUGAGGACGCAGGAGAGCCAGACUUCACUCCAGUCUACGGGGUCACUCUAACUCCCAAACCUUAUAGCAUGAAGGUCCAACUCAGGGAAAUGCGGUGAGGUGGAGGUGCAAAGGGCUACCUUUAAUCACAGAGAACAAUACACACAAUGACAAUGAGGUGAAAGCUGAGUGAGCAAACCUGGAAAACGCAGAAUUAAUGAUAGCUGUUUUUAAUGUAAGUUGUGUGUGAAUGUGAAUGUGGGUGUUCAUCCAAUCAGUGACUGGUGUUUUGUAGAAUGGAGCUCACGACAUCAUGAUGGAAGAACCAGUCCACAGUAUUUUGAUAUUUAAUUGGAGGGUGGGGUGGAGGUGUGUAACAUGCUUUUCAGUGAUGUUUACAUAAUCAUUUAUGAUUUAAGAAAACAAACAAAAAACUACAGUAUUACCAAAAUAUUUUCCUUUCCUUUAAAAAAAAAAUGAUAAUGCACAUGAUAAAAUUGUUCUGGUUUAACCACAGAUGGUAUAUAAAGUAAGUGGUAUAUAUUGUAAGACAAAUAUUCAGUGUGUUAAAGUUAGUCACUAAAUGCUUUAGUGUUACUAGAAAGCUGCAGUAACAACCAUGUGUCAAGGUCAGUCACUUUAAAUUGAUAUGGUCACAUGUAUCAACCUCCAUUGACAUGGCUCUCUUCACUGAAGUGGGAAGAUAUUUACACAUGAACUGAAACAAUUUUAGGUGUAGCUGUCCAUUUUGCUGACAAGAUUUACCGAAUCUCCUACAACAGCUGCUUCGUGAACCAUCUUUAAAGGAGCAAUAUUAAACAUUAUCUGCAAACAGCACGCAGAUGAAAAAAAAAAAAAAAUACAGUCACCUUUUAUAGUGUAUUAUAUUAAGAUUAAAAUCAUUGUGGUAUGUACAUGUUAUCUGUUGAAAAUUGCGUUAUGAUUAUGUCUACCUUUGACCACUUUUCAUCCUCAUGGUAUGGACAACACUCAAAAUGUUUUUGCAUGCCUGGCCACUGUAACAUCUUACAGAGAAGUAAAAAGAACAAUAUUAUCUUAACAUGUGCCACCCAAAACCAAAAUCUGAAGACAUGCAGACUUUUCUGAGCCUGAUAAAAUGGAUGCUACAUCCAGAUUUUGAUAGGAGACCACAACAUUCAUUUAUUGAAGAGAAACACCUGACAGAGUUACCUAAAAAUGACACUGUUGCUAAGCUGGGGGAACCAACAUCAAUUUCUCACCCAAAUGAGGAAGUACCAGGUGCCACUGCACGUACAGCCACCAGUGCCCUUAUUGUAAAUAUAGUUCCAGCAGACGAUCCUGGAGAAGGACCCUCGAGCCUAGCAAGACAUCAAUUUUACUGAUACACACCGAGGAAUGAUUUACUGUGAAAAUGUCUCUCCUAUCUUGAAAUUACACAUGAAUUCACAGAUGUCCAGUUUUAAAGGUAUCUUGCAUUUGUUGAUCUGUGUGAAGCUGGGACAUGAAAACAGUCCCAAAACUCCUCAUGCAAAUGUAACCUGAUUUGCGUGUAUCAGGUGAUCUGUGCACAAACAUUUAGCAAUCUCUAAAUAAAUACAAAAGAAUGUCACAAACAUUUUGUAAUACAUUCGUACACACAGGAUCUGAAAUCAAAAAUGAUACUACACCGACACUAUACUACACCUACUACCAUUACCAUUAUGUCAGUUAGGAAGCCUGAGUAUAACAACUCAUUCACUCUCCUUCUCUCUACUAACAGGCCAUGACAUGACUUGAGAUCUAGUUUAGCAACAGCAGACAAAUAUGCAUCUUCAUGACUUUUGUAGUGGCUACAAGUGUCAUAUUGACAAGGGAGAUAAUCAUAGGGCCAUACUUAAUUUACAUGCUUGAUUUGUGUGACUGUUUUGCAAAUAAAUGUAAAAUCAAGUUUGUCAGUGGUCUACUAUGGGUUGAGAGGAGAUGGCUGACUGAACUGGUGAUAAGAACUAUGGCAAAACACAUGACACAGGCUCAGCUUACAUGACUGAUGUCAGGUUAAUUUAGGUUAAACAUAUCAGAGAAGUAAGGGGGCAUGGUUUAUUAUUCAAUUCAUGUAUUUCACACAUGAAUGAGCACCUCACCAUAAAGACUUACAAACAGAUCGACAAACAUUGAAUGUAUUCUCUUCAGUAGUCAGCUCAGCUGUGAUGCUUUGAGGUAACUCACAGGGAUUAAUGUUUUGUUAACAGUGAAGUUGCAGCACUCCCCAGUCAACAACUUAUGUAAUAGCCAUGCUCCUAAUAAAAAAGCUCAAGCACUUA